UGAGGGGCUUGGCGGUCAACUUUCGGUGACACUCCCACUUUGAGGAAGCAGAGAGCGGCCAUUGUUGUGUCUGGCUGCAGACAAGUGAAGAACCAGAGAGUCGUUUCUAGAAGUCACGUGAGGGUGAGACACGUCCUGUAUAAAUUACUGAGCACUGAGGAUGGACAAGGACAGGAGACACAUAACUGAGAGGAUGCUACAACUGACCCUGGAGAUCAUCUACCUGCUGACUGGGGAGAAUUAUACAGUAGUGAAGGAAACAUCUGACAAACACGUGACACGAAGAAGCCGUCGUCGUUGUGUGCCAGGAGGACUGAGCAGGACCCAGAACCCCAUCCUGGUGCCUUCACCUCACUCACUGAUACAUGAGAGACACAAUGGCCAGAAGAUCCUGGAACUCACCAACAAGAUCAUUCAGCUGUUGACCGGAGAGGUUCCUAUAAGGUGUGAGGAUGUCACUGUCUAUUUCUCCAUGGAGGAGUGGGAGUAUAUAGAGGAACACAGGGGUCUGUACAAGGACGUGAUGAUGGAGAAUCACCGGCCCCUCACAUCACUGGAUGGGGCCAGUAACAGGAAUACCACAGAGAGAUAUCCCCGUCCUCUGUAUUCCCAGGAUUGUACAGAGGAGAAUCACAGUGUCCCACAGGAGGAUCCGGAUGAAGGUCCGACUGAUAAUGUAGAAGAUAUGGAGGGAGAAGAAGAUGCGUGUGUGAGGGGUGAUCAGCAGUGUAAGGAGAAGGAAAUUCUUACAGAUAACAGUACAGUAAAUGGACGCAGCAUCAGGAAUACCUCGGGGGGAGAUCUCAUAGUGUCUCCAGAUGGUAAAAUUGAAGAGAAGAAUAUCAGACAGCAUUCUCCAGGAGAAAACCAUAAUAACCUAAAUAUACAUACAGCACUUCACAGUGUAGUUAUAUCAUCUGGCCCCUGUAAUCCUGAAGAGUGUUCUGACAAAUCAGAUAUUGCUACACACAGAACAGCUCAUUCUGGUAAUACAAUAUUAUCCCUUUAUGCACCUGGUAAAACUUCUAUACGUAAGUCAGUUUUUGUUCGUCAUCAAAAAACUCGCACAGCUGCAAAGCAGUUGCCAUGCCCUGAGUGUGGGAAAUGUUUUACACGUAAAUCCCAUCUUAUUUUACAUCAGAGAAGUCACACAGGUGAGAAACCGUUUUCUUGUUCUGCAUGCGGGAAAUGUUUUACACAGAAAUACGAUCUUGUUGUACAUAAGAGGACCCACACAGGUGAGAAGCCUUUUCCAUGUUCUGAGUGUGGGAAAUGUUUUACACAGAAAUCAAAUCUUCUUACACAUCAGAGAUUUCACACUGGUGCAAAGCAGUUGCCAUGCUCUGAGUGUGGGAAAUGUUUUGCAUAUAAAUCCCAUCUUGUUCGACAUCAAAGAACUCACACAGGUGAGAAACCAUUUUCAUGUUCUGCAUGCAGGAAAUGCUUUACACAUAAAUCAGAUCUUAAUAUACAUCAGAAGAUGCAGAACUGUGAAAAGUCGUUUACAUGUCCCGGGUGUGGGAAAUGUUUUGCACGGAAAAUAGCUCUUGCUCUACAUCAGAGAACUCACAAGUGCAAGAAGCCGUUAGUGUGUUCUAAAUGUGGGAAAUGUUUUAUGCAUAAAUCAGAACUUGUUAUACAUCAGAGAUAUCACACAGGUGAGGAGCCGUUCCCAUGUGCUGAGUGUGGGAAAUCGUUUGCAAUUAAAUCAGAUCUUAUUACACAUCAACAAAGUCACACAGUUGAGAAGCCAUUUUUAUGUGCUGAGUGUGGGAAAUGUUUUAAAUGGAAAUCGGAGAUUGUUUUGCAUCAGAGAGGUCACACAGGUGAAAAGCCCUUUCCAUGUUCUGAAUGUAGGAAAUGUUUUACACAGAAAGCACAUCUUGUUAUACAUCAGAGAAGUCACACAGGUGAGAGGCCAUUUUCAUGUUCUAUGUGUGGGAAAUGUUUUACACAGAAAACGCAUCUUAUUACACAUCAGAGAACUCACACAGAUGAGAAACCAUUUCCAUGCUCCGAGUGUGGGAAAUCUUUUACAGUUAAAUCAGAUCUUGUUGCACAUCAGAGAAUACACACAGGUGAAAAGCCGUUCCCAUGUUCUGAGUGUGGGAAAUAUUUUAAAAAUAAAUCAAGUCUUGUUCGACAUCAAAUAAGUCACAGAUGAGAAACCAUUUCCAUGCUCUGAGUGGGAAAUGUUUUACACAGAAAUCAAAUCUUGUUAUACAUCAGAGAAGUCACACAGAUGAAUGUGGGAAAUAUUUAGCAAAACAGAUCUUUUUAUGCAUCAGAGGAUACACAACCGUGAAAAUCCAUUUACAUGUUCUGGGUUUGGGAAAUCAUCUCUUGCUAGACAUCAGAGAAUUCAUACGGGUGAGAAUCUAUUUUCAUGUUUGCGGGAAAAGUUUUAUAAACAAAUCCGAGAGCUCACACAGGAAAAAUACAAUUUCAAUGAGCUAAUAUACGUGGUGCAUCAAUACUACAUACUGAAAAAAAAAGGUCUAUAUUAUUAUAUAUUAUAUUAUAAAUAAUAAAAGGAGGUGUGAAUGCAAUUAUAGAGCGCAUACUCCAAGGUAUAUUAAUAUCACUAAAUGAGUUAUUGAGGGCUGUUAUAGUAAAUGCAAAGCACGUAUGGUUUUGAAUUUUAGCCCCUUUCACACAGAAGAUGAAAAUGCCAGGUUAAAAAAAAGGACACAAUAAUUUGCCUGGUCAACCUGGGUCCUUCUUCUGUGGGAAAGGGUUGUGAUUCCCAGCACUUUGACCUGGGUAGAUUACUGGGUUCAAAUCCCGGGAAUUUCGUCCCGAGUUGACCCUUUCACACAGAAAACAACCCGGGUCGACCUGGCAAAUUACCGGGUCCUUUUCCCUGUGUGACAUAGGUGUAGCCGUGCCAACAGAAUCACAUUUGUUGCGUACAGCUCACGCUGCAGGGGGCGUUGGGGACGUGCAGAUGUGGCCAAAGUCCGAAAAGACUAUGCUCAUUUAAAAUGCGGCUAUGAGGGUUGAUAGCUUGCCGUUUCUUGUAAUGAUGACGACAGCUUGCGCCCACAUCCAAUUGGCUGGAUGUUUUAGUCAUAUUGCUGUUGUGAGUUAUUCAUAUGAUUUCAGUGAAAUGAGCAAUUGGUAUUCCAUAAGAAUCCAUGUUUCCUAGUCUUGUUUUAAAUGGUAAAGCAACUGGUGUAUUUAUUAAUGAGUACAUUAAAAAAAACUGGAUUUUAAUACCGACCGGUAAAUCCUUUUCUAUAAGUCCGUAGAGGAUGUUGGGGACACCAAAAGAACCAUGGGAUAUAGACGGAUCCGCAGGAGAC